CCGGGGUUUUCCCGUUAUUUUGACGUGUGCCGGUCUCCUUGCAGUGCGGGCAGAGCCCACAGAGGGCAGGGGGUUCUUGUCUGCCUGUCACCGUGCGCCCGGAGCAGCAGCAGCUGGCAUACAGUAGGCGCUCAGUAAAUACUUGUCAAAGGCAGGAACACGCUCCGUGGGGCCCGGAGCGGGUUGUAGGCGGGCACUGGCCUGCCUGGGCACGCUGCUGGGCGCUCUACGGUGGCAAGACCUGUUUUCGCAGGGAGGGGAACUGGGAACCGCCGCCUGCAGGGCCUCCGGUUCAGGCUUUCUGCCUACCCAGCAACUUCUAAUUCGGGUGCGUGGUUGGGAGAUGCUCUCAGCUGUCAGCCCUGCCUUUGGGGGGCCAGCUCCCUGCCUCUCUGACAGCCAUUACCUGCAGCUGGAGGCGGGGCCCGUCCCCCACCCCUGGGCUGGAGGUGCCACAGGUGGGCGGCUGGGCCUCCGUUCUGGCUGCCACCCCUGUUACCUGGUUGUCUGGGGCCAGCGGGUGGGACGGGCCAGCCCAGGGAGCUCAACAGGCCUGCUCUGUGGGGCCUGGCCUGUGGCUGAAUGCGGCUUCCUCGGCAGGUGGGACAGGAGACCACCCCGGUGGGUGCUGUGUGCGGCGAUCCCCUGAGGAACGAUGACGGAAUAUAAGCUCGUGGUGGUGGGCGCUGGAGGUGUGGGGAAGAGUGCCCUGACCAUCCAGCUCAUCCAGAACCACUUCGUGGACGAGUAUGACCCCACCAUCGAGGACUCCUAUCGGAAGCAAGUGGUUAUUGAUGGCGAGACGUGCCUACUGGACAUUUUGGACACGGCGGGCCAGGAGGAGUAUAGCGCCAUGCGGGACCAGUACAUGCGCACUGGGGAAGGCUUCCUCUGUGUGUUUGCCAUCAACAAUACCAAGUCCUUUGAGGACAUCCACCAGUACAGGGAGCAAAUCAAGCGAGUGAAGGACUCCGAUGACGUGCCCAUGGUGCUGGUGGGGAACAAGUGCGACUUGGCCGCGCGCACCGUGGAGUCCCGGCAGGCGCAGGACCUCGCCCGCAGCUACGGCAUCCCGUACAUCGAGACGUCGGCCAAGACUCGCCAGGGCAGCCGCUCUGGCUCUGGCUCCAGCUCCGGGACCCUCUGGGACCCUCCGGGACCCCCGUGACCCAGCGGCCCCUAGCGCUGGCGUGGAGGACGCCUUCUACACGCUGGUCCGAGAGAUCCGGCAACACAAGGUGCGGAAGCUGAGCCCGCCCGACGAGGGUGGCCCCGGCUGCAUGAGC